AUGUCUGCACCUUCUCUUGCUGUACCACCUGCGGGUAGUCGCUUCGCACGGCGCCUGUCUUCCAUCGAGGCAACCAGCGAGAAGCUACAAAUGGGCCCCACAGUCGUUGUACCACCGCAACACCUAAUGGCACCUUCGGCUGGGUCAGAAAUUGCAACUGGCUUUGAAUCAGCUAGGCACCAUCUUGAAGCUGCUGGUUCGCCAAUAUCGCCUGGCAUCACACCCCCUGAAACAUCAGUCACCGACAAAUAUGCAUUCGCGUUCGACAUUGAUGGUGUACUCAUCCGUGGCGGUCGGCCUAUCCCGGAGGCAAUUGAAGCCAUGAAGAUGCUCAACGGCGAGAACGAAUACGGAAUUCAGGUGCCUUACAUCUUUGUCACGAACGGUGGCGGCAAGACCGAGGAAGAGCGUUGCAUUCAGCUUAGCCAGCAGCUGGAGCUGGAAGUGUCUCCCGGUCAAUUCAUCUGCGGCCACACACCGAUGCAGGAGAUGGCUGAGAAGUACAACACGGUGCUCGUAGUUGGCGGUGAGGGCGAGAAGUGCCGCAUCGUCGCUGAGGGCUACGGUUUCAAGGAUGUCGUCACGCCAGGGGAUAUCAUCAAGGACAACCAAGAUACGACUCCUUUCCGCAAGUUGACUGAUGAAGAGUACAAGAACUCUCGAGCACGCAACUUUGCCGAGGUCGAAAUUGAGGCCAUCUUUGUCUUCGCCGACUCUCGUGAUUGGGCUGCCGAUCAGCAGAUCAUUCUUGACCUGUUGAUGUCGAAGAAUGGCCGUCUUGGCACAAGGUCAGAGAACUUUGACGAAGGCCCACCAGUGUUUUUCUCCCACAAUGAUGUCGUCUGGAGCGCUUCUCACGACCUUACCCGUAUCGGUAUGGGUGCUCUUCGCGUGUCGCUCGAGGCCAUGUACAAGGCUGUCACCGGCAAGGAGCUUGAGACCACUGCCUUUGGCAAACCUCAAAUCGGCACUUUCGAGUUCGCAACUCGUCUGUUGCAAAGGUGGCGCAAGGACACGCACAACAUCGACUCGCCUCCUUCCACUGUGUACUUUGUUGGUGACACUCCCGAGUCUGACAUUCGAGGUACCAACGAGUACAACGAGCACACAGACGAGGCCAACUGGUACUCCAUCCUCGUUCAAACUGGUGUGUUCCAGGAGGGCACCAAGCCUCGCUUCCAACCCAAGGCCACGGUUGACACUGUUCUUGACGCUGUCAAGCACGGAAUGGAGCGUGAGUACAAGAAGGCUCUCAAGGAGAGCAUGAUUCAGACUGGUGUCAUUGAGGACUAG